AGUUAGUCGACUUUUACACUUUCCAGUAUGCAAACUUGCCUGCGUCGCCCAUGAGUCGUUCAACACGAUUACGCGAGUGGCAACGGCUAGUUAGAUGUGGUAAAAGUGAGCUCUCUCCGAGUGUUUAAAUUGUGUUGAAUUUACAACUAAAAUUAUUCUAACCAACCCUUGUGUGUAAAUUAUUUCGUGAAAGACUACUGGCUGAAUAAAAUAUUUAAUUAGAAGGAAUUUAUGUGGGAUUGCUAUCAAAAUAAAACAGAUAAUAAUAAAUAAAGAACAAUACGGCGCGUCAAAGCAACGAGAGUGUAAUAAAAGACCUUAUUGCCUUGAAUAUUGUUGCCAUAUUUGACAGUGCGUUUAAGUGAUAACCAAAUUAAUAAAAAUUAUGAUUCCUCGAAAUGAAUAUUUUCUGAUGAUGACGGAACAAGAAUGAUCAGAAUUAUUAAGACGAUGGAACAAAAUGGACUGGAGAAUUCGAAGAUACAUGUAUACAAAUGCAGGUGAAGCUCGCUGAGGCCACAGACUUUUGAAACAGAAAUCAUGGACAGCAAUCAAAAUCAAUCAGUUCAAAAAUCAGAGGAAUCACUAAUCUCAAGUGAUAAACCAUCAGUGGAAGAAAAUAUAGAGAAUUGUUUACCUGUGAUAAGAGACGACAAAAGUAGUGAUAGUGACGUUAAUAGUGAAGACCUCAGCAAUAAUGUUGAACAAGAUAACAUAAGCAACUCUCAGUUUUAUGAGAGUAGUGAUAGUAAACUAGAUUAUGCUGUAAAGAUGGAUGAUAAUGAUACUUUGAGUGACAUUGAUGACAUUAAAACAGACACCGCUUCCGCUGACAGUGAGGACUCAGCGUUAGGAAGUCUUCCUCCAGACUCGGCCCUUACUGACAGGGAAGAAGAUGCCCAGGACAGGUCAGAUGGAAGUGACUCUGGACUCGGUUCGGAGACAACCGAUGAACCGAAAUUACCUGAAUUUAACCUCCAAUGUAAUAACGCAGAAUGCAGAAACACGCGAGAUAAUGAAGUAAAAUUUGACCCUAUCUCGGACAGCGACAAAGUUGAAGAGGAUAAAAAUACUGAAACUUCAAUCAAAAAACCCCAGAAGAGCAAUCUUAAGAGAAAACCUGAUUUCGAAAGCAAUAAUGAACCCGAAAUGAAAAAACAAAAAAAUAAUAUUCAUUUUAAUAAUAUAACCGUUUAUUACUUUCCAAGGACACAAGGUUUUACAUGUGUCCCAUCUCAAGGUGGCUCGACAUUGGGAAUGGAAUGGGAACAUAGCCAUGUUCAGACAUUUACGUUAACCGAACAUGCACUAGAACAAAAAAGAUUACACAGACAAGUUUUACAGCAGUUAAAAAGUGAGCGCCAUAAUUUACAAGGAGUUUCCUUGUCAUCCAGCGAGGACAGCGACACCGAGGAGGAAGCAAGUGAUAUCUCCGAAUCAGAGUUAGACUUAGAUAGUUAUUAUUUCUUACAGCCAGUCCCUACUCGACAAAGAAGAGCUUUGCUGCGAGCGGCUGGCGUCCGAAAAAUUGAAGGUUACGAAAAAGAUGAAUGUAGGGAUAUAAGGACGUCUCGUGAAUUUUGUGGUUGUGCUUGUAAAGGUGUUUGCAAUCCAGAAAACUGUCUUUGCAGUAUAUCUGGAAUAAAAUGUCAAGUUGAUAGAUUAAACUUUCCAUGCGGCUGUACAAGGGAUGGAUGUGGUAACGAGACUGGCCGAAUAGAAUUCAACCCCAUGAGAGUGAGAACUCACUUUAUAAAUACCUUAAUGAGAUUAGGCCUAGAAAAGAAAAAUGAAGAGGCUCAGGAGGCUGUAAAACGUAAAUGGGCGGAAGCGCAUAUUUCGUCGACAUGUGUUACAGAUUCAUCUUACGAAAAAGAAAACUGUCAUAUCCAAGAUAAUAAUUUGGCUUCCAAUACUAAUUCAACCCCCAGGAUAGGUAUAGAAUCCUGCAUCAGCCCAAGUUUCACUGGUAUUCAUCAUAACAUGAACAGUAUACCUUGUAAUAAUCAAAAUGAUGCAUCAUAUAAUUUUAGAAAUGACCAAACAGAUCAUAGAAAUAUUAAGUCCAACAACAUGAUGAACUUUCAUGAUGAGUCCAAUCAUGGAAAUCAUGAUUAUACCUCGAACAUACUUCAAGGAAAAGGUCCACCCUACUCAUCACCGGCGAUGAACUUCAAUAUGUCAAAUAACAUGCAAAGAUAUCCCGAUCUCAACUAUCCUUAUGAUCAACAACAUUCAGACGGACAUCUCUUUAAGGGGAUUCAUAGUUAUCCAGCAUCUGCUUUUGAAGAGUUUGCCCAUAACUCUCAGAUGACAAUGCUGAAUCAUUAUGGCCAUAUGUACGUCCCUGAAUACUUACACAAACCUAGUACGAGUAUGCCGGAACACAGUAUGCAGUAUCACAUGAUGCAACAAAACCACUAUGAUAUGUAUAAAAACCCAGAAAAUGUAAAUAUGGACAACAAGACAGAUGCCCAUUAUACUACUUUACUAUCAAUGCCAUAUCAACAAAGCAAUAAAUUGCAAACCAUAGAAAAUGAUGAGAAUUGGUUUAGUCACAAUACUCUUUUCAACUUAGAUCACUCGGUGCAAGUUACACAAGAGGUACCAGUCGAACACUCAGAAGUAACACCAACAUUAGUGGAAAGUGAAGUAAGUGAUGCGACUGAGAAUUUCGGUGAACUAAUUAAAAAAACUAUGGUAGAGUCUGUUACAGUGUAGUCAAAUAAAUUGUUAUCUUUUAACUCUUACAAUAAAUUAUCAUGUUACUAA